AAUUUUUCGUAGUGCAAAAACACAAAUCGGUCUCUUGGAUGUAGUUUUGUAUGCAGCCUGCACAUUGGAUAGUAAUCUUCUAACUUCCCGACAAGCAGGCUUUGGAAUGGACCGGUAUGACUGUAGGUUCAUUUAUUCUGAUGUUCGCAGUCUUCCUAGGGGGUGCCUGUAAUCCCACAACAUGGAGGAAAGAUGUGGUGAUUCCUAUUCUCGAAAGUCUCGGUUUGUCGUAUUAUAAUCCACAAGUAGAUGUAUGGUCACCAGACCUUAUAAAAUUGGAGAAAAACGCCAAGUUAUCAUCUGACAUACUGUUAUUUGUUUUUGAAAACUGGAAGACGAGAGGGCUAGUCAGUCUGCUGGAAGUUAUUUAUCUUGCUUCCCAAAGAAAGCCUUUGGUAGUAACCGUAUCCAAAGUUGAAGAUACUGGUCCUCUUUUAAUAGCUGGUGAAAGUAUUGAUAAGUUAGAAUACUAUUAUCUAGAGGAAGCUAUGAAUUAUUUUCUGAAAACAAUCAAGCGUCUCAGGAUUCCAUGUUUUUCGGAUGUUGAAACUGCUGUAAAUCAUGCGAUCCGCAAUAGCUAUUUGAGGUUUAAAUCGUCAGGGAAUUUGACUCAUGAAGAGAAAAAAUCAAUUGAUAAAAUACAAUACGUAUCUCAUGUCCUUCGUGGAAUAAUUGGAACGAUUCCCAAAUCAGCCGACAGUCAAUUUGUUUACGAGCAGGUACGCCAAGGUUUUCAGUCAUUAAACAUAGAAUUAACAAAUGACAGAGAUUUUGUCAAAUAUUGGAAUAAAGUUGACCGUUUGGAUUUGUUAUAUUCCCUGUAUGCUGAGCAUGUAUUGAACCGAAAAUCUCCUGCAUUACUUUCUAAUUUCAAUGUAUACCUUACAUCCAAAUUAUUGAAUAAUUCUGAAACGUCUGAAUCUUGUCUUUCUAACAAACGAUUAGUGCAGUCGUCAGCAGAAUCGAAUUCACUUAUUGAUUUAAUGGAAUCUCAAUUCGAUGAAAGAUUAUUAUACUCCUUUUCUCAGCCUGAUACUUCUUCGCAUGGUGAUUCACGUUGUGCAUCGAUUAAAUCCAGUGCUUGUUCGUCAUCAUCACUGCCACCACUACAAAUACCAGAUUUAAACAAUACUCGGAAUACUGUAGAUUUAAAAACAGAUAUAUACAUUGCAGGGAUUUCAGAAGAAAAUAAACAUAGUCAAUUUUUGUGGGAUAAUAAUAUAAUGCCGAAGUUGGCUAAAGUGAAUUUAUCACACUAUAGAGCAAUAGAAAAGACUGUUUGUCCAUCCAUUGGAAAUAACGAGGAUUUUCUAAAUUGUUAUGAAGAUUUGGAGAGCAAACAAUUAGAAAUUCGUCAGAAUAGUAAACUUUUACUGUAUAUAAUUGAUAAUAACUCCUUCCAUUUAGUUACUAUGUUAGAGGCGGUUUAUUCAAUGGGAUGUCAUUUGCCAGUCGUCCUUUUUGUACAAAUGUUCAAUUCUUCUAGUGGCUGUGAAAUUCCUCUUGAAAACUCCAAGCCUAAUUCUCUGCAUGAAUUCAUCUCCAAUGAUUUUAAAACUCAACAACUCCCGAUGAACAGUUUAAUAGAUAUGAAAAUAAAGAGUAGCACUACUAGCAGCAGCAGUAGUAGUGGUGCUUCAAGUGAUUUUACAGGCACAAAUUCAUCUCUAUCCGAAGAGGAGUUAUCACAAAGAUCAAGUUCUCUAGAGUUUGGAAUUAUUCGUGAUAUCUAUAAAUCGACUAAACAUUCUAGUAAUAGUAAUAAUUUGAAUUGUUCAAAUGUAAAAUCAUCUGAAAUUCUAUCAUUCCAAGCUAAUGCUAAUGUACAUAUGAACAACACUCAUUCAUCAGCCAAUAUUAUAACUGUUCACAAUUCAUCGAUAUCACUUUCACAGCAAGCUGUCAAUGAUUAUAAUCGUGUUCGUAUGUAUUUAAUUGAUUUAGCUGAAGAGUUGAAUAUCCCUGUGUUUUAUGAUAUUGAAGCAGCAAUCAGCUUUUGUAUUCAUAAAUUGACUACAUUAUGA